AUGUCUGCGGCAGCAUCCAGCGAUCAGAGUAUCAUCUAUACUGGGAGGAAGCUGCGAACAGAAAUGCGAUCCAAUGAAGACAGAAUGAUUAACCUUUCCGCUCAGAGCGCGAAAUCGGUUACGUUGGGGGCAUUGAACAAUAUCGAUGUGGCAUCAUUGAGGACAACAGCCAUUCCGGACACCGCCUUCACAAUGUUAAAGCUUGAUCAGGCAGGAGAUGACCUUUUCAAGAGCCCACAAUUCCUAAACUGGAUACAGCGAUACAGCUCUGAUAAAAAUGCUCGAAGCGACAAGGAAAACCCCGGAAACGGAAAAGAUCGCAACGAGAUUACAAAGGAGCCCUGGGAGAGAAACAACAUUGGUCAAUACCUUCGUGACUUUUUACGGAGACGAAGCGGUGGCAAAGGUGAUCGAGGCAGCGAAAAAGUGGAGAGUACAGAGGAGUUCGCCAAGGACUUGCAAGUUGCGCUGUUUAGUCAAUGGAUGUGGGAAGGAGCGCAGCCAAAACAGAUCUGGAAAAUGUUACAUCUGGAAAAAUCGACUGAUCCGAAUGGGGGGGAUUUGGCGUGGUUAUGA